AUGGCCAGAGGCACUUUCAAGCAGAAGCGCGGUGGAGGACGAAACUUCAGCAAGCAUCUCGAGCUCGACGAGAAUGGAACAGCCGUCUCUACCGACAAGUGGGCUCCUCGCGGACGAAGAAAUCAGGAGAACGACAGUGACGAUGACGACGACGAAGAAGAAGACGAGGAGGAGGAAGACGAAUCAGACGAAUCAGACGACGGCAAGGCUGCGGGAAGCACUGCACAACCCGAAUUGUCUCGAGCAGAGCGACGAGAGCUGAAGAAGAAGAAAGCACAGGCAAAACAGCAGACAUCAGACGAAGAUGAGGACGCAGAAGACCAGGACCCUCUGUUCGUGAACCCGAACAUCGCUGCGGGCAAGAAGAUGAACAUCGCGGACUUGGGUGCACCGCGGGAGCCCACUCGGCGAGAGAGGGAGGAGAAGGAGAAGAAGGAAGCCAAGGAGAGAUAUUGGAAGCUUCAUGAGCAAGGCAAGACAGAACAAGCCAAAUCUGAUCUGGCACGCCUAGCCAAGAUUCGUGCCGAGCGCCAAGCUGCUCAGGCGAAGAGGAAGGCGGAGGCUGAAGCUAAAUCCGCCGAAGUCGAGGCCAAGAAGAAAGAAGCAGUGGCUAGGGGAAAGCGUAUAUGA